AGAGAAGAUUCUUCUCCUGUGAAACCCGGUCCAGCUGUUCAUCCACCUGUAUCAGCAAAUUCUGUAAAAGGAUCGUUGCCAUCGCUUCGUUGUUGGACGCAGCCUCCCUAAAGAACCAAUGGAGAACCACACAUGUUUAAAAUACGGCUGUGCAAACCUGAAGAAAGAGGCGUGCUCACAGAACCUGCCUGGGAGCUGACUGAGUGGUGGGACACACUGCACUGGUAGGAACAUGAAUCCUUGGUCAAGAGAAAAAAACACAUGAUGGAAACUCAGGUAAGAGGGAGGUGCAUGUCCCUACUGAUGCGUUAUUGCAUUUUCCGGAUAGAGCAGAGGGAGAAUUGAAAGUGAGGUGAGCAGCUUUGCUAGCCAGGCAGCUUCUAGAAGAUUGUACACAGGUGUCAGCAGCUGACCCAUGGCUGAAUGUCGGCUGGGUAAACAUCUUAUUCACUGUAUGCAUCCUUGAAAUGAGAUUUGUCGUUAUGUUUAAUAGCAUUUAGGAAUUUUUCAGGUGCAUCUAUGUACAGAGAGCCGGGGUCAUAACAGAAUUCUGCAAAAUCCUAAUUUAUAGAAUUGUGAAGUCCAGUGCAUAUAUCAGUAGAUUAUUGAUUUCUGUUACUCUUUUAUGUUGUAGCAUUGCAUAAUUGUUCAUUACUUUUUUCAAGUGAGAUGAGGAUGUAAAGUACGAGAGGAUUUCCUUCAGCUUUUUUUUUUUUCUUUUCUUUUAAAUGACUACAGUGCAAAAUCACAUUAGAUUUACAACUCAGAAACAAAAGCUAGGUGUGUAAGGCCCGAGGAAUGCUUCUGUUGCUGACCAGAUGCACAUCUAGUCCCAAACUGCAUUUUGACUUCUGUAAGAGAGUGUUCUUGAUUCUGAUUUGACUCAGCUGCCACUGGCUCAAAAGAGCUGACACUAGAGCAGAAUGAUGAUGUUUUCCCUGCCUUCUGCUGGGAACUGGGGACCAGAGUGAAUGUCAGACUUGUUCAUUGAAGAGGUCAGUCCCCAAAUGCAGCCCGGGUUUGGCAAGUCUCUGCUCAGACCUGCCAUCUGUCCUUUAGAUUUCAGCUAUAUUUCAGCUGCACUUUACCUACAUUUCUGCUUUUGUCCAUGGGUAUCCUGGCAUUUCAUUCAGAAUGCAUACCCUCACACUUUAUCAUCUUUCUGUAAGGCUGCAUACUGAUAUUUUGCAUAACUGAAAAAUAAUCUUAGGGAUCAACCGGAGUUUUGUCAAAUUUUGUUCCCUACCAUUUGAUGAAUCUUCAUAGUUUUGACUGAUUUUGACAUGUUUUACUGUGUUAGAGGUAAGCUUGUGUAGGUACUGCAUCAGGACAUUGAAUUCGUAAUUUGAGGACCACCCAAGAAAUAACAUAGAUUACUAAUUUGAUUUCGUGCUGUCAGUAGGGGGAACUAUUGCACUGUACUUUUUUCUUUAGCCUUUAAAAAAAUAUUGGUAACUAUUUAUUUUUCUUUUCAGGUUAAGUACUCAUUCUCUGGGCAUCCUUACGUAACUGCUAUCUGUAACGCUAAGAGGACAAGGUGGUUCAUACCACUCCAAUAAAAUAAGGCAGUAACAGGUUUCCAAUCCCCUUUUUUGCUUGCUGUUUCUCUGCUUAACUUAGAAAAGAAGCUACAUGGUAGAGAGGUUGCUAUUGAGAUGAUACUGUCUGAUGCAAAUACCUAUUUAGGCUUGCUUCAAGAGUCCAGGAGAAAAAAGUUCAGUUAGGUGUCAUUCCCAAAACCUAGAGGUCAUUCUUCAUCUGAGCUUGAGAGAUUAAUUUCUGGGAAGACAGCAGGAGAACAGGAUGAUCCUCACAGCGAGGGGUGCAGGAAAAUGAGUGGAGUCACCUGUGGCAUCACAGUGAGGCGGGGGACCCCUGGGGCUUUACAGAACCUCGUUGGAGAUGGUGGAAGGGACAUGCACUUUUUUUUGGAGGAGGGGAGUAAAGAGACUCGUGGUCUCAGGUCACGGUUAAUCUUCGCUGUGGAACAUCUCAUCCCACUUCACUAGCGUUUCAGCAGCAGUCAAAGCAAGAAAUAGAAGCAAGUGUCUAAAUUAGGUGGGCUAUUUAAAGGGAAGAAAAAGUCUCAAGUGAUGGAGAAGGGAUUCAGGACAUGGUAAUCUUCUCAUCAAAGGUUCACAAAGUUGUUUCUAGGAACAAGGAGCCAAUUUAUUACUUUGAUCUGUCUGACCAACCUCUAAUCAUGAUUAUCUUCUCUUAUGUUUAGCCUCUAGUCAUUAUACUCCUUGACUAACCUUUAAUUAGAGAAUGUAUCAUCUGUCUUUUACAUAAAGGAGACAUUUAGCUCGUACAUGCUAUACAUGCGUUAUGUCUUGUGUCUGAACUGUUCAUUCUUGCAUUCAGAACAUGGACUUCUGGUCUCAGCGAGACCAGUAAACACUGUAAUCAUGAGAAAUUGUCUUGCUGGCAGGAUAGUUCCUCCUAGUCAGCACAGCAUAAAUCAGCAGUUGUGCGUGCAGGUCACGUCCCUUACUGUCUUCUGUUUGGAGAAAAAGACAGGAACAGCAAUUUUGUCCUGAAGUUACAUCUUGUAACAAGCUGUUUAUGAAAACUGGAAAGAACUCUUAGCUCUCUGUUUAUGUGUAGCUAAAAGAAUUAUUGUUAUGCUUAGAAAAUAUGGGGGGUUUUGGCUAUUUGGUUGCUCUCAAUUGCUGAAAAACUUCCUGUUUCCCCCCUUCCAGUAAUGAAUGAACCAUAUGUGCUGAUGUGUAAAUCUAUAUGAAAUAAAGAUACGUAUCUCACCCAAAUUCAAGAUUAUAUUGGCUAGAAAAAAAGUAACUAACUUGUCAUGUAGAGAAUAAUGAGAAAUCAGGAAUUAUAGAAGAUGAAGUCUCCCACUGAGUUGAGUUUGGGUCUCUGCUUUCACGGCAGUGUGGCCUUUCUGCAGUCUCUAGCUUUGCUUUUUUUUUUGGCAGAGGUGCAAGUAGAGCGACCACGCAGCAAUGCAGGACCAGGUCAGGACGAGUGUCAUUCCUGCCGCAGGGCGAGGAUCUUCUGCGCCACUUCAUAGCAAGACCAGAGUGAGAAGUUCUUCUGUCACGCUGGGACACCAGGAGUUCUUUUAUUGUUAUCUUUGAAUAACAGGGAGCGGAACAGCUUAAGAAACUGCACUGAUGAGGAGAUAAAAGAGCAACAUAGAGGAAUCUAAGCAUCCAAUGGGUAUGAAGAGUGCGUCUGAGAAGCAGGAACCACCAACCCUUCUGAAGCGGAGCGGUAGGACAUUGGAAGCAAAGCUACACUGGUUUUGUUCCUGUGUUGAAAAUUCUCUUUGGAUGAAAUGGAGAAUAUUAAACUCUGAGGACAAAAUGGCAAAAAUGGAGGUGAAGACGUCACUUUUAGACAACAUGAUAGGGGUGGGAGAUAUGGUUCUUUUAGAGCCGCUUAAUGAAGAUUCCUUCAUCAAUAACCUGAAAAAGCGCUUUGAUCACGAUGAAGUAUAUACAUACAUUGGCAGUGUGGUGAUAUCACUAAACCCCUACAGACCUCUACCCAUUUAUACUCCAGAGAAAGUGGAAGAAUACAGAAACCGAAACUUUUAUGAACUCAGUCCUCACAUCUUCGCUCUGUCAGAUGAAGCGUAUAGAUCUUUAAGGGACCAGGACAAAGACCAGUGUAUCCUUAUUACAGGAGAGAGUGGAGCUGGAAAAACAGAAGCGAGCAAACUUGUCAUGUCAUAUGUGGCUGCUGUGUGUGGAAAAGGGGCGGAGGUUAAUCAAGUAAAAGAACAGCUUUUGCAGUCAAAUCCCGUUCUUGAAGCUUUUGGAAAUGCCAAAACUGUGAGGAAUGACAACUCCUCUAGAUUUGGAAAAUACAUGGAUAUUGAGUUUGAUUUCAAGGGGGACCCACUUGGAGGAGUUAUAAGCAACUAUCUGCUGGAGAAGUCUCGUGUUGUUAAGCAGCCAAGAGGUGAAAGAAAUUUCCACAUUUUCUAUCAGAUACUGUCGGGUGCCUCAGAAGACUUGCUCUGCAAACUCAAACUAGAGCAAGACUUCAGCAGGUACAACUACCUGGGCCUUGAUUCUGCCAAAGUGAAUGGGGUGGAUGAUGCUGCAAACUUCAGAACAGUUCGGAAUGCAAUGCAGAUUGUUGGUUUUAUGGAUCAUGAAACACAGUCUGUUUUUGAAGUGGUAGCAGCCGUUCUGAAAUUGGGAAAUAUUGAAUUUAAGCCUGAAUCUCGUGUGAAUGGCCUAGAUGAAAGUAAAAUCAAAGAUAAAAACGAACUCAAGGAAAUCUGCGAGUUGACGGGUAUAGACCAGUCUGUGUUGGAAAGAGCUUUCAGCUUCCGGACAGUUGAAGCCAAGCAAGAGAAAGUUUCAACGACACUGAACGUGGCUCAGGCUUAUUAUGCCCGUGAUGCUCUGGCUAAGAAUUUAUACAGUCGGCUGUUCUCUUGGCUUGUUACCAGAAUCAAUGAAAGCAUUAAGGCACAAACAAAAGUGAGAAAAAAGGUAAUGGGGGUGCUGGACAUCUAUGGCUUUGAAAUUUUUGAGGACAACAGCUUUGAGCAAUUCAUUAUCAACUACUGCAAUGAGAAGCUGCAGCAGAUCUUCAUUGAACUUACCCUCAAAGAAGAGCAGGAGGAAUACAUCCGAGAGGGGAUUGAAUGGACUCAUAUUGAGUAUUUCAACAAUGCUAUAAUUUGUGACCUAAUAGAAAAUAACCAAACUGGAAUCCUGGCCAUGCUAGAUGAAGAAUGCCUGAGACCAGGAACUGUUACUGAUGACACCUUCUUAGAAAAGCUGAACCAAGUCUGUGCCACUCACCAGCAUUUCGAGAGCAGGAUGAGCAAGUGCUCGCGGUUCCUCAAUGACACCUCCUUGCCUCACAGCUGCUUCAGGAUCCAGCAUUACGCUGGCAAGGUUAUGUACCAGGUAGAAGGAUUUGUUGACAAAAAUAACGAUCUUCUGUACCGUGACCUCUCCCAGGCCAUGUGGAAGGCCAGUCACUCUCUUAUCAAAGCCUUGUUCCCAGAAGGUAACCCUGCGAAGAUCAACCUGAAGAGACCACCGACGGCAGGUUCACAGUUCAAGGCUUCAGUCGCUACCCUGAUGAAAAAUCUUCAGACCAAAAAUCCAAACUACAUUAGGUGCAUCAAACCCAAUGACAAAAAGGCUGCGCACAUUUUCAAUGACGCCCUGGUGUGUCACCAGAUCCGCUACCUCGGUCUGCUGGAGAACGUGCGGGUCAGGAGGGCAGGUUAUGCCUUCAGGCAAGCGUACGAGCCCUGCCUGGAACGGUACAAAAUGCUGUGCAAGCAGACGUGGCCCCACUGGAGAGGGCCAGCCAGGGCUGGAGUAGAGGUGCUGUUUAGUGAAUUGGAAAUCCCUGAAGAAGAAUUUUCAUUUGGUAGAUCAAAGAUAUUCAUCCGCAACCCAAGGACGCUCUUCAAACUGGAAGAUCUGAGAAAGCAGCGGCUGGAGGACUUGGCUACUCUAAUUGCGAAGAUUUAUAGAGGUUGGAAGUGCCGCACACGCUUCUUGUUAAUGAAAAAGAGCCAGAUUGUGGUUGCCUCUUGGUACAGGAGAUACGCACAACAAAAAAAGUACCAGAAGAUCAAGAGUUCAGCUAUUAUAGUGCAGUCUUACAUCAGAGGAUGGAAGGCUCGGAAGCUUCUUCGGGAACUUAAGCAUCAGAAGCGUUGUAACGAGGCUGCCACAAUAAUUGCCGCUUACUGGCAUGGUACCCAGGCUCGGAGGGAGUUGAGACGCUUGAAGGAGGAGGCUAGGCGUAAGCAUGCUGUGGCAGUCAUUUGGGCUUACUGGCUUGGACUGAAGGUCCGUAGAGAGUACAGGAAAUUCUUCAGAGCCAAUGCUGGAAGAAAAAUUUAUGAAUUUACCCUUCAGAGACUUAUGCAAAAAUACUUCCUGGAAAUGAAGAAAAAGAUGCCUUCUUUAUCACCAAUAGAUAAAAACUGGCCAGCGAGACCUUACCUUUUCUUGGAUUCCACUCACAAGGAACUAAAGAGGAUUUUCCAUUUGUGGAGGUGUAAAAAGUACAGAGACCAGUUCACAGAUCAGCAGAAGCUUAUCUAUGAGGAAAAACUGGAAGCAAGUGAACUUUUCAAGGAUAAGAAGGCUUUAUAUCCAGCCAGCGUCGGGCAGCCGUUCCAAGGGGCGUAUUUGGAAAUCAGCAAGAACCCCAAGUACAAAAAACUGAAAGAUGCUGUGGAUGAAAAGAUCAUCAUUGCGGAAGUUGUCAAUAAGAUCAAUAGAGCUAACGGGAAGGCUACAUCCAGGAUUUUCUUAUUAACCAAAAAUAACGUGCUUCUUGCGGAUCAAAAAUCUGGGAAUAUCAAGUCAGAGGUUCCACUGGGAGAUGUUACCAAAGUGUCCAUGAGCUCCCAGAAUGACGGAUUCUUCGCAGUGCACCUCAAGGAGGGUUCAGGAGCAGCUGGUAAAGGAGAUUUCCUGCUCAGCAGCGACCACCUGAUUGAAAUGGCCACUAAACUUUACCGUACGACUCUCAGCCAAACCAAACAGAAGCUCAACAUCGAGAUAUCUGAUGAGUUUCUGGUCCAGUUCAGGCAAGACAAAGUGUGCGUGAAGUUCAUACAAGGCAGCCAGAAAAACGGCAACAUCCCAACUUGCAAGCGAAAAAACAAUCGGCUCCUUGAAGUGGCCGUCCCUUAACUGCGGCUGGUGACUCCCCCUUUCACGGACUUGUUUCUUUGUAAUAGUGCAAUUUUAGUUGCUUGGUUUGGCUGGUUUUAUCCCUUUCUAGAGCUGUUGAUGGCCAAUAGCUUUAGAAACCCUAGGCAAAAUGUUUCGAUCAAUCCACUUUUUAAUCUUUUUGUUCACGCCAGAGUUUUAACCCUCAAAACGCAGAGUAUCUUACCCAGUGAGGCAUUUUUACCAGCUGGCAUCUAUCUGUCAUCCAUGAAAUCAUUCUGUUUGUUUAGCAGUCAUAUUUUAGCAUACCAUAAACCUACAUAUUAAUGAUAAAUUACUCAUAUUCUUUAGUCUAGAGAUCCGCUUGACCGGAACUGUAUGUGGCCUUGAUGGCCACUUGUGCCCAGUGUCAUUUUAUACCGAUGUUCUUGGGUGUUCUGACGGGCUCCUUGCUUGGCAGUGCUGAGGAGAGCGGCAGAACGGAGAUGGACACACUAAUUCCCAUACUUAACACUAGAACCUGCGUAACUUGGUUUUCUAGUCAGUACAGCACGCAGACAUCUAAUUCCACAAAACAGAAGGAAUAUAUGAUUAUACAAGCAGCUAUAUGUGUAAUUUUGUAGUAAAAAAAAAAAAAGGCAGAAAUUUUGAAGCAGGAUUUUAAAUUAGGUCAGAUGUUUUUAAUGACUUUAUACAGUAGAAAUCAGUAAAAUUAAAGAAGCUUGUUUCUUUCACAAAAGCUAUACAGUUCAAGGCAUAAUUUCUGUUCUUUUUUUUUUUAUUUCUUUUAGAUUAUUAGUUAAGAUUAGAGCCUGGAAAAUGCAAUAGUAUUCGUAACACAAGUAACUGCUAAGUAUUUAAAUGGUUAGUUAUCAAGUGAAGGGUUUGAGCCUUUCUUUUAGAUAUUGGCAUGUACAAUGUGCAAUAAAAUAUACAUGACAUUUUGUGAAAAAUUAUUUAUAAUACAUUUUUGUGUGCAAGAGAGAGGAUUGGUGCAGACUGCAUAGAAAGUGUAGGAGUUAAAAUAGAUUUGUGAUGUUAAUUUGCAGUUUUUUAGAGUGUACACUGCAUUUGCCAAUUUGAGAAGAACACUCAGAAUUAAAAAAUCCUUCAUUUGGGGUCUGUAUAUAAAUUGGUAUUACGGUAAUAAAACCAUUCUAAUUCUGUGCUGUUUGGUACUCCUAUGUUAUAACCAUAUUUUUGUAUUCCAGACUAUUUUAUAUAACUUGUGUGCACCCGAUGUAAAUGCGUGCACAGAAAAUACAAUCAAGAGCUGCAUUAUCAACUCUCAGUGUAACUGAUUGCUCUUAAUCUUUUAUAAGCCAGAAGCACGAGUUGAAAUCCUGAGGAGGAGAAAUGCAUUUUUUUUAGAUAGCAGUAACCACUCAAGUGAUGGGUUUGUUGGAUGUGCCUGUUUGAUUCGUUGAUGUGAGGAUAGCAGAGAAAGCAUUGUAUUUGUGCAGCCUAAUAUAGGACAGAUUAAGACCCUGGGUAUCUGAUGUGCAGUGCUGGAAGUCCAAGCAUAAAUAAAGGAAAGAUAAAGAAAA